UUUAUGAUUAUUGCAAAUUGGGCCAAGAAAGGACGGAAGACCCAAACAAGCAAACAUAGAUCUCAUCGUCAUCUCUGCGAGCAACAAGCAACCGGAAAGGACACAACGGCGAUCAUUUUAUCCGUUCCGGUGAUCAUCAAGCAACCUGAAGGUCUGGGCAGGUGAGGAACUGACCUCAGAGGGCAGUGAAGAAGUGGUACGAUGUCGGAUCCAUAUGCAGGGGUGAAAGGAGGUAGGCUCACCUUCAAGGGAGGAGUCUUAGCCUCUCGUAGCAAGGAUAUUGACAAGAAGAAGAAGAAGAAGAAGAAAGACAAAAGUAAAACCGAGGAGAACCCCACGGACGAGGCCGAGAUUUUGUCGUCGGCUGAUGGUGUAGAAGGUGGAGACGGAGCAAUGUAUACAAUUGACGCGGCCAAGCGUAUGAAGUAUGAGGAGCUCUUCCCUGUGGAGACCAGGAAGUUUGGUUACGACCCUAACAACUCCAAUACUAAAUUCAAGUCUGUGGAGGAAGCUCUCGAUGACCGUGUCAAAAAGAAGGCUGAUCGUUAUUGUAAAUAAUCAGGCAUCGGUCAUAGUGGAGAUUCCAGGAAGUUCUUGUUAGGAUGCUCAUCGUGCUCCACUAAGCAACGGGUUUGGUAUCACUAUGCCUAAGAUUUAUGGGUUUCAUGGUAUUGUGAUCUAUAUAUAUAACUCAUGGACCCAUUACAAUUGGAGAAAUUUUAGUAUCUUGCUGAUUGUAAUUUACUUAUUUCUCCUUUAAUAGUUUUCUAUCCCACAACGUGUCUAAUGGGCCAAAUUUGUACCAGCUAUCAUGAAAAGAUAGCUUAAUCUUUGGUUGUCAGUAUUUUGUAGAAAUGAUGGUAUAUGGAUAAAUCUAACAAUUCAGGAACCAAAUAAUUUAGGAUGGAUCGAAAUGUGAAUCUUCUUGACUUACUCAAAAA